GUAAGGGCAUGUUUACUUUUCCGUGCCGAUAUAUUUUCUUCCUGGUUCCAUUAAAUAAUAAACUCUCCUUUAAUUUGGAUAUCAGAGUGGAGCAACUUUUGCCAAAGCGAAUUAUUAAAAAUAGCUGUCUAUCGAAGCUGACUGCGUGUGAGGGAGAAGCGUCCAAAUACAAAAUAAGUAGGCAUUUUGUCGGAAGUAGGUUGUCUGCAGAGCAUACUGUAUCUUUAGAAACGGGUAUUUGAUCAUCCGCUCCAACUACGUUCCAGAUUUGUGAUUACAUCCUCGCCACCACGCCCACAUAUUUGAGGAACCCCCCUGCCCGCGUCUCGCAAGACGCUUGUGAAGAACCUGCGAACCGAGCCGUGCAUUGCUAUGGCUCUGCUGACCCUGCACCGGCCCCCGUCCAUCUCCACGGCUCCGGAUGAAAGCAUUCCAAGAAGAGGGAGACUUCAGAAAAGGGAGAGCUUUGCUCUGGUCAAGGGGGCCGUCCUUCUCUUGGAAGGAGAGAGGGAGGAGCCUCAUGAAGAGACAUCACCCAAUCACUCUCCUUCACCCCUGAAGCUGGGGGGGGGAGCUUCAGACACACAGCACAGACAUCUGCAUGCCAUGGUGUCAUUACUAAGACCAGAGGACACUAUCAAACUGGCGGUGAGAUUGGAGUCAGUGAGUCCAGUCAGAGUGAGGUAUCUGAUCGUGGUCUCCACCCUCAGUAACAAACAGGAGAGCAUUCUCCUGGGCAUGGACUUCCCCAACACAGACAGUGAUCAGUGUACUAUCGGUAUGGUUGUGCCCAUAUGGAGUGCCACACAAGUAUACCUGGACGGAGAUGGUGGGUUCAGUGUCACGUCAGCAGAAGAGACAAGAAUCUUCAAGCCUGUUUCCAUACAGACCAUGUGGUCAGUGCUGCAGGCGCUGCAUGGCUGCUGUGAGCGGGCGGUGAAGGGUGCAGUGAUUCCAGGCUGUGGGCUGGACUGGGCCCAACACUACUAUGGGCAUGUGGAGUCUAAUCGCCUCUGUCUAAACGAGUGGGGAGCCAUGACAGGCCUGGAGUCAAUCAGGAGGGACAGCGCCGGACAGAGCUCGUCGGAGAGGGUGUCUGUGGAGAGGCAGAUCAAAGAGGAACUCCGAGACAUCAUGAGAACAGAGGACCUGGAAAACAUCACCUCCAAACAGGUCCGCAGUGCCCUGGAGACCAGGAUAGGCAUGGAUAUGAAGAACUACAAGGAAUACAUCGACAACGAAAUGAUGGUCACCAUGGCGCAGAUGGACAAGCCCUCCAAAAUAUUUGACUAUUUGUUCCUGGGGUCUGAGUGGAAUGCUGCCAACUUUGAGGAGCUACAGAAAAACAAUGUGGGCUACAUCCUGAACAUUACGCGGGAGAUCGAUAACUUCUUCCCAGAGUCCUUCAGCUACAUGAACAUCAGGGUUUAUGACGUGGAGGCUACAGACCUGCUGUCACACUGGAAAGACACAUACACCUUCAUCAACACAGCCAGGCAGAGUGGCAAGGCGGUGCUGGUGCACUGUAAGAUGGGCGUGUCUCGCUCUGGGUCCACAGUGGUGGCGUACGCCAUGAAGCAGCAGCGCUGGCCCCUGGAGGUGGCUCUGUCCUACGUCAGGGACCGCAGGCCCAUCGUCCAGCCCAAUGUCGGCUUCAUGAAGCAACUCCACACCUACAGCGGCAUCCUUAACGCCAGUCAGCAGCGCCACAGUGCUCUCUGGAGGCGGAUGUCGCGAGAGAAGAGAAAGAGGUCUGCUGCUUCACGCAGCAACGAGGAGGAGGAGGAGGAGGAGGAGGAGGAGGAGAGUGAUGACGAGGAGGAGGAUGAAGAAGAGAUGGAGAGUCCGGAUGAAGUUGAUGAGGCAGAUAAAGAGGUAUUUGAAGACCCUGCCCCCAAGGUUGAGACUGGCGCAGAAGCUUCACUCACGGAACCGGCUUCCCAACUCACGGAACCGGCUUCCCAACUCACGGAACCGGCUUCCCCAAUCACGGAACCGGCUUCCCCACUCACGGAACCGGCUUCCCCACUCACGGAACCGGCUUCCCCACUCACGGAACCGGCCUCCCCACUCACGGAACCGGCUUCCCCACUCACGGAACCGGCCGCCCCACUCACGGAACCGGCCGCCCCACCCACGGAACCGGCCGCCCCACCCACGGAACCGGCCGCCCCACCCACGGAACCGGCCGCCCCACCCACGGAACCGGCCGCCCCACCCACGGAACCGGCCGCCCCACCCACGGAACCGUCUGCAGCCAAUCCCCUCAUCACUGUACACGACAGUGACAAGGCGUCCUCUCAGAGCCCCAGUCGCAGUGGCAGGAUGAACCUCUUCUCUCUCAUGCAGUCCAUCAACGAACUGGACGAUGAGGACCUAAGGAAUGAACAGAUUGCUAACAGUCACCGGCGGUCUCCAGGGCAGCGGAGGCGGAGUCAUGGACGGAAGGGCCUCAUGCAUCAGAGGGCCCAUGUGGACGUUUCACCUGAGCCAAGCAGCCUAUCAGGUCCCAGAAAAUGUGAAGGGGCGGGGCCAAGUAAACCUGAGUCCAGGGAAGGAGAUACCAAGAUGAUGGAAGGCCGGUAGAGAGAGAGAGAAGGGGAGAAUGGAUGGAGAAAGAAGCCUAGAGUAGACACUAAUAGGAAGAGAUUAAAUGUUCUGCCUUCUUUCAAGCUAUAAACAUGAAAGAAUCACCCAAAGAUAUUUAUAUACAUCAUACUACUUAAGCCUUGUUCACACUGCAGGCCUUAAAGCUAAAAUCAGUGUUUUUCAAUUCUGUUUUGGAAUACUAACUGUCCAAACAGCAAGUUACAAGUGACCAAAUCAGAUUUGUGUUUGUUCAGACAGCAGUCCAUUUGCUUACAUGGCUACACUAGUUGCCAUAGUAAUGAUGGGUGUGUGCGUGCAGUGGUGUAGGCGGAUUGGUGGUGUAGCAAUGAGUCCUUUUUGACUAGCCAAGGCAGUCAACUAGCACAUUCACUAAUUAGUAAACAAUUAACAAGCUCGUUAGCUACCACGUUCUUGUCAAACUGUCAACAGAGUGGCUAGCAAGCAACGAGAUAUGCCAAAUAAGUCUAAAAACCAUUUGCGGGCAAAUAAAUCUGAUUUGACCGUUCAGACACAAGUUGCAUGGCCAGGAAUCUGAUUGGUACCUGAUUUCAACCAACCUACGAAGGUGUUUUGAAAUGUGGCUUGAAAUAUGUUUCUGUUCAUACUGCAGGAAAAAGAACAGAUUUGAAUCGUAUAUGCAUUUUUUUUUUUAGUUACUUCAAACUGCCAAUGUGAACAAGGCUUUAGACUCCCAAUUAUCAUAGCAUUAUACACGGAGUAUACAAAACAUUCAUCGUGGCAUGGACUCCACAAGGUGUCAAGCGUUCCACAGGGAUGCUGGCAUAUGUUGACUUCAAUUUUCGCCACAGCUGUCAAGUUGGCUGGAUGUCCUUAAACACAAGAAACUGAGUGUGAAAAACCCAGCAGCGUUGCAGUUCUUAACACACUCAAACCGGUGCACCUGGCACCUUACACCGUUCAAAUGCACUUAAAUAUUUUGUUUUACUGAUUUCACCCACUGAAUGGCACACAAACACAACCCUCGUCUCAAGGCUUAAAUCCUUUAACCGGUCUCCUCCCCAUCUACACUGAUUUGAAGUGGUAACCUCAAUAAGGGAUCAUAACCUUCUCCUGGAUUCACAUGGUCAGUCUGUCAUGGAAAGAGGUGUUCCUAAUGUUUUGUACACUCGGUGUAUAAUUUGGUUAUUUAAGCGUCAUUCCUUUUGCACAGUAUUUCCUUUUUGGUUAUUUUAAUAUAUCACAAACUGUUCCCCAACACAUUUACACUCCAUUGGGAGUGAUGGCUCACUUUUUUUGUCACUGCAGUAUUACGACACCAAUAAUUAUGUGUACGACCAAAGCUUAGUAUUUCUGGUUAGACUUACCUACUGUCACUGAAGUUGGAAUGUAUGUACAUUAUCAUACCGUAUGUGUAGUGUGCCCCCCUUCUCUCCUCAUGACCUAUGACCUCUAUGGUCUCAUGAUAUCUAUGCAAUAAUUCAUUUGUCUUCUCUGAAUUUGAGGCUUCCAGUUCAGGUUGUGUAUUUUAAGUGCCCUUAUUUUAUGGAUUUUCUUUUUUACAAACGCACAUACAAGCUAGAUCUUUUUAGAGUUUAUGAAAAUGGCAUGCUAAUUCAUGCUGGCUCAAUGAUCCAAAACUUGAAUUUUCUCACAGAGGUUUCAAAAUAGUAAUAUUGAGUGACUGUUUUAAGCUGUGUUAUUAUUCUGGACCAAUUCAUGUCCAAUCCAAGGGCACCAGACUGUUUGCCAAUGUGUUCCUCUGUGCCAAUGAACUUUCUGUCCUUGAGUUUUAGGGCCCAAUUCAAUCAGAUCUGCUUUAGCAGACAGCCGCGGAGCUAAUGUUUUGACGGUGUUGGAGGUGGAACUGCGUUAGAGCUGUCAAAUCCACAAGUGGCUCCCAGCAUGCAGUCGCAUUAAGAAAAAACACAUGCAGACUUGUUUACAAGUUCGAACACUGGAAUGUAAUCUACACCUCGAUUACACUGAUAGAAAUCCUCAUUUUGUUUAAUGAUUUUUCAAUUUGAGCAUAAUUAUUUCUAUAUAGCCUUCACGUUCUCAUUCUGAACUUCUAAUGUGAGUGCGGCGGAUGUGGCUUUGUUACAAUGAUCGAGCAGCUGCUCACUGAUUUGACAGUUCCACUCACCUGCGACACCACCAAAACAUCCGCUAAGCGGUUGCCUGCUAUCGCCGGUUAACGCUUGAACUGAUUGAAUGUAGGCGUUAAUCUAAAGACAACAGAUUUGAGGAUCAUUAGAAAACUUGGGUGUUAAAUCCCUUAAAGUUAUUGGAAUGUUUUUAUUUAUUUUUUUAAACAUUUCACUGUCGUUCCACAAAUAGCCUUGCUGUAAGAGUGCCUUGGACGGGGGACCCAAAAACCAAGUUAUUUCCUGAACACACAGACCCUGAUUUAAAGUAUUUUAUAAUAUCUACGGUAUCUUGCUAUUUCUCCGAGCUGGUGGCUUUUUUUCAUAUUGAUUAAAGGUUUGUCUUGUUCCUUGCUUGAAUGGGAUCAUGUUAUUAUGUAGCUACUUGCAUUGAAUGCGUUCCUCUGUGUAUGUCCUCUGACUUUCCUGAUUAUGACUAGCGUGCAUGAUGUUGGUCAGGUUACGGUAGGGUUUUUGUCUAUCUUGGACUUUUGAGAGGAUUGAGGUAGUUUUGGCAUUAUGUUGAAAGUUUCUGAACUUAAACUGGAUGGUUCUUCCGCUCUUCAUGCUGAUUUCUUUAUCGAUCCUAUAUAUAUAUAUAUUUUUUUUUUUUUAGUCUUCAGCUGGCUGUGUUUUUAUAUUCAUCAUUGAAACAAGUUUCCACCACAUCAUCCCAUUGACACUGCCUGAGCCAACCUCUGCUGUACUGCAAUCAAAUCGAUCAAUGACCUGUAUCUGUCAUUGUUCUGGAUAAGUGUUAUCUCCCCCACUGUUUUCAGCACAUUUGUUUACAGCGAUACUGUAUGAGUGAAUAAAUGUUUCAGAGUAACCAA